AUGGGAGGAGGCGAUCUCAACUUGAAAAAAUCCUGGCAUCCAGGAACUUUCAAAAACCAGGAGCGAGUCUGGAAGGAGGAACGCAAAGCCGCAGAUGAGGACAAAAAGAUCCAGCAGAUGAAGAAGGAGCUCGAGGAGGAGCGACAGAUCCAGGAACUCCAACAACUCUCUGAACGAAACGGUGGCAAGAAGCGCGCCGACCGUCUUGACUGGAUGUAUCAGGCUGCACCCUCAGGCGGAGCCCGGGACGAGAAAGAUCAGGAGGAUUAUCUGUUGGGGAAGCGCAGUGUGGAUGAUAUUCUGAAGCAGAAGGCUGCUGGUGGGAUGAAGUCGCUUAGCAAGGAUUCGGAUAACUUUAUGGCGCAGCAGGCUAGUAAGGCCAACUCGAUCAAGGAUUUGCAGGCCAAGGUCCGUGAGGAUCCGUUGUUGGCGAUCAAGAGACGUGAGCAAGCCAGUAUGGAGCAGCUGAUGAAGAAUCCGAUCAAGAUGCGACAACUGAAGGAGAGCAAGGAGAGCAAGGAGGGCAAAGACAAGGACAAGAAGAAAAAGUCAAAGCGCAGCAAGGAGGACAGAGCCGACAGGGAGGAACGCAGGAAGGAGAGAUCAGAGAAACGCCACAAGAAGCGCAAGGCCUCGAGGGAUCGUAGCGAUGGCAGCGAGAGCGACAGCGACGACAGUAGAGACAGUAGGAACAAUGGUGUACGAUCCUCCAGGAAACAUCAGCGUCGGUCUCCUUCACCCGCCAGGAAGGCUUCACCUGAGAGAUCUUCAAGACGCCAUGAUGACUCUCGACACACCGCUGCUACCAGCAGUAACAAUAGCAACGGCCAUCGUAGUAGUAGUCACCGAUCAGGGUCGCCAUCCACUAGUCAUCACAAAUCGUCUCGAGACAGUAGACGGCGCUCGCGGUCUAGAUCUCCUGCUCGUCAGGGAGCCCGUCGUCGUUCACAUUCUCGAUCUCCUGUUCGUCAGGAGACACGUCGUCGUUCAGAUUCUCGAUCUCCAACUCGUCAGGAAAACCGUGAGCGCCCAAAGUCUCGAUCGCCUGUUCGUGGUGAUACCCACCGCACUGUAAGAAACCCAUCACCUGUUCCUCAGGAGACUCGGCGCCGGUCAUCCCGAUCGCCUGUUGCAGCUCGCCAGGAGACCCGUCGUCGUUCUCGAUCCCGAUCGCCCAUUCGUCAGGAUACGAGACGCCGUUCACGAUCUCGCUCACCUAUGCGUCAAGAUACUCGUCGUCGCUCAUCACCACCACCACCCUCGUCAUCAUCAAGGCGCCGCUCACGAUCACGUUCACCACAGUACGAUCGCUCCUCACAGGCACGACAUAUCUCACCUCCGCGACGCCAUGGCAAUGGUGGUGGCUACCACGACCGCCAGCACAACGGCCAUCAUGAUCGUGCACCGGACCGUCAUCAGCAGGAACGAACACAGCAGGAUCGUGAACAGCAGCAAAAGAGCCAUGCGGAGGAGUUGGCCAAGAAGAGAGCAGCGUUGGAGGAGGACCGCGCCAGGAGAUUGAAGGCGAUGACGGACGAUGCCAAUGCUGAUGCUCUGGCUCGCAAGAAUCGCCUGGCAGAGAUUGCAGAGAUUGAAGCCAAGCAAAAUGCAGAGGAAGAGACCAAGAGGAUGAAGACGUUUAACGGCGAACAGGCAUCGUUCAUGAAGUCUGCACAAAAGGCUGCUUACAAUGGGUCCAUGUCGCUGGCAGAUCGAGUCCAGCGUGGCCGCACCAACAUGCGCAACGAUUGA